AUGGCUUCGCGAUUAUUAAACACCAAAUUUAGAACAUUGGCGAAGAAUGAUUUUGAGAAAAAUUUAUAUAAACUGAUGAAUAACGCGGUAUUUGGCAAAACCAUGGAGAAUGUGCGCGAUCGCGUCGACGUAAAAUUAUUAACAAAAUGGGAAGGUAGAUACGGUGCGGAGGCAAUGAUCGCCAAACCAAACUUCCACAGUUGUAGCGUCUUUUCGGAGAAUCUAGUCGCGAUAGAACUGCGUAAGCUCGAGGUGAAGUUUGACAAACCGAUAUACGUGGGUAUGUGCAUCCUCGAUAUAUCUAAAACGUGUUUGUACGAAUUUCACCACGAGUACAUGGCACCGCUGUUUCGCGAUAAAUGCAAAAUUAUGUAUACCGAUACUGACAGUCUCAUAUACCAUGUGGAAUGUGAUGAUGUUUACGAUAUCAUGAAAUGCGACAUCAAUAAUAGAUUUGACACUAGUGAUUACUCUAUCGAUAAUGUGUACGAUAUUCCGCUCGCUAAUAAAAAAGUUCCAGGCCUAAUGUAA